AUGGCCACUCAAGCUUCCAAAGGGGAGCAUGUUUAUGCUACGCUUCUUCUAAGCGAUUCCUAUCUUCCUGGCGCACUCGUUCUCGGUCAUUCUCUUCGCGAUACUGGAGCCCAUCGCAAGCUGGCAGUGUUGGUAACACUCGAUUCUGUAUCUGCCGACUCAAUCACGCAGCUCAAGAAUGUCUACGACUACAUCUUCCCAGUACCGCGCAUUCGCAAUGACAGCCCAGCCAAUCUGUACCUAAUGAAUCGCGGCGACCUGCAUUCGGCUUUUACCAAGAUCAAUUUGUGGAAACUCACCCAGUUUUCGAAAAUUGUCUAUAUUGACGCUGAUGUCGUCGCAUACCGAGCUCCCGAGGAACUCUUCGAUAUUCCUCAUCCCUUCGGUGCAGCUCCCGAUAUCGGAUGGCCAGAUCUAUUCAACACUGGUGUAAUGGUUUUGGAGCCCAAUAUGGGUGAUUUCUAUGCCAUGAUGGCUAUGGCUGAGAGGGGAAUAUCGUUCGACGGCGCCGAUCAAGGUCUCAUCAACAUGCAUUAUGGCCAACAGUACCAUCGCUUGAGCUUCACCUACAACGUCACGCCAUCUGCCCACUACCAAUACGUCCCAGCGUAUCGACACUUCCAAUCCAGCAUCAACAUGGUGCAUUUCAUUGGCUCCAACAAGCCGUGGUUUACUGGUCGGGAUGCGCCUGCUGGUGGUGAUCCCUUCAAUGAGAUGAUAGGACGAUGGUGGGCGGUUUAUGAUAGGCAUUACCGACAUCAGGAGUCUGCUUCUAGCAAUGAUUCAGCUACCCCCCAAUAUGUCCAAUACUUCACUAAAGGGGAGUGGCAUCCUCAGGGAAUCCAUGCGCAGCCCCCAAGAAGCGAACAACAUGGUCACGACUCCGCUGCGAAACAGGAACACCCUGCAGCCCAGGGUGAGCAAGAUUCGGGGCACCAUGUCGAGUCAUCUCACGAUGACCAUUCGAAAUCUGGAACAGCUCAUCAUGGACAACAUACCGCUCCUUAUGGUGAACAGUCUAGCUCGGCGCCCGAACAUCAACCUGAGCAACACGCUCACCAUCAAGAGACGGCGCACCAGCACCAGCAUCAAGAGCCCAAACAAGAGCCACCCCCGAUUACAAUGCAUGACUGGGAUGCUCAGAGACACCCCCCUCCUUCUGACUCGAAACCUGAAGCGAUGAAUUUUCCUGUCACUCAUUACGAAAUGUCUCGCGAUACUACUCCUUUUGUCCCGCCCGCAAGAUAUCCGAGUCCUCCAAAGAACAUGUGGUAUGAGGUGCCAAAAGAGAAGCCAGCCCCUCGAUCAAAGCCAGCUCCCGAGAUCUUUCCCUGGGAGCGCAACCGACCUCGGCCGACAAGGACGUUUGCAGAGCCUGAGCCAGCACCCGAGCCUGAACCCACCCCUGAAGAGUCUGGUUCGGGUCCUAACGCAGAUCCGACACAGCUUUCUCUGAAAACCGAAGGUCUGGCAGAGGGCACAUCAGGACCCGGGGCAAAGAACGAAUCGACCUUAUCUACCCCUAUAGUACAGAUUACUCCAUCGGAUCCAUGGACAACAUACACACGUACAAAUGCGUGGGAUGAAGUGCCCGAGAUUGAGCGGUAUGUUGAUCGUUUGCAUGGUGGUCAUCGACGUGGUAAGAGUUCUACCUCUUCGGUAGGGCGUGUGAAAAGUCCAACGACCGGUAUCUUAAAGAACAACCAAAACAGCUUCAAGCUUCACGGUUUAAAGCUCACCGAUUUCCCCAGCGCUGUUGACCGCCCCAGCUUGCCAGUUACGCCAGCCCCGAUCCAUCGGAACUCAUUCUUGGCUGGAGAAGACACGGAACAGGAGGAGGAAGGGGUAAAAAAGCUCCCGGAGGCUGAAGGCGUUCCGACGCAGUCCGACUGGGAUCCGCUAGCACAGCUCCAGAAGCUAGCUAAGCAACAAUCGGAUGCAUUGCUCAAGAAGCUCGGUGGCGAUGGGGACGAGGGGAGAGAAGGAGGAGUGAGUCGCGAGAUUCCAACACGCCCAUUGCCUUUCGGUUCGGGUGAUGUGAAAUCACCUACUUAUGUUGCGCAGUCCGCCACAGGUGUGUUGAGUCCUCAGCCGGUAAAAGGCGAAAGAUCGACAGGUAUUCUGCGCGACAUGAGCAGUGGCCGUCUCGAAUCCGGACCAACUUCGCAAUCAUCGACAAUCGCUGAGCCGAGCUAUUCAGGACCUGGCGCCGCCUGGGAGAAGAACGAGGAUAUACCGCAGCACGAAACACCAUUGUUGCCCAAUGAGGAUGAACUCGAUGCUCUCAACGCUUAG